ACUUAUCCGUUGACUCACAAACUACAUGCGUUGACUGCUGGCAUGGAGUUGAUCGAAUCAUUUGUUUAAUAACUGCGUUAUUAUUAUAAUGAAGUAACAUUUGUUAAAAACGCUCGGAGAAAAAGAGGACGAGGCGAGUAUUCAAUACAAUGUAUUACUGAAGAUGAACAUUGUACUUUUUCCGAAAAAAGAUAAAGGAAACAACUUUCUGUAAAAUGGCAUUGCCGAAGACUCGUUCAGUUUUCCCUAGAAUUCUGUUCCCUCGCUCUGGAUUUUUCAGUUUUCAGGGUCAUUACGUAAAUAGACAAGCUGAUGAAAUUCAUGGUCACUGUCACGAUUUAAGAUAUCAAAAACGCUCUUUCCUCGAUUUCCCUAAACAAAAUCGCACGAGAAAGUAUUGUGGAAGGCAAUUAGUGGGCUAUACAAUGGAACAGAUGUUUGAAGUAGUGUCAGAUGUCGAGAAUUAUUAUAAAUUUGUACCUUGGUGUAAAAAAUCUGUUGUACUUCUCAAAACCCCAGCCAGACUAAAAGCAGACUUGAUUGUUGGGUUUCCACCUAUUAAUGAAAGUUAUACAUCUAAUGUCACUCUAAUCAAACCACAUUUAGUAAAAGCAGAGUGCACUGAUGGAAAACUCUUUCAUCAUAUGCUCACACAGUGGAGGUUCAGUCCUGGUUUAAAAAGAGAACAACAGUCAUGUGUUGUUGAUUUUCAAAUAACAUUCGAAUUCCGAUCAGCUUUUCAUUCUCAUUUAUCAAAUUUGUUUUUUGAUCAAGUGGCUAGACAAAUGGAAGGUGCUUUCAUAAGAGAAGUAGGCAAAAGAUAUGGACCGGCAACAAUGCAACCUAGAAAUUUACUUCUUAACAACCAUAUGAUUAAAAGUUGACAUUAAAAUGAUAAUCUUGAGUAGAUGAAUACCAUAGAGUAGAUCAAUGAGGUUGUUUUCAUUAGAGAAAAGUGGCAAAUCAAAGGAGAACUAACUCAAGUUUAUAUAUGUGAUCAACUAGGUAGUCAUGUGAACAUAUGAAGGCUGUUUUACUAUCGCAAGCAAAAUUAAACAACCACUAAUAUGAAGAAUUACUAUUUGAAUGAAACUAUUUGCCAGUAUGUGUAAACUGUCAAGUGUUUCACUAACCCUUGAGAUAUUGGCACAAUAUAGUUUUUUUGUAUUAUUAUACCUUUUACAUAACAAGUAAAAAUAUAAUUUUGUUUGUUGAAUUUCUUAAUAUUUCUCUGCAUCAUUCUGAAGUUAUUUCAUUUUUGCUAAGUGAAAACAUAAAACUUUUAAAACAGGAUUUAAUGAAAACCUACAUUAAUCUAAGUAUUUAUUGUGAUAAAUGUAAAUAUUAUUUAUUGAUGUUAAAUCUAUUUUGAAAAUUGGAAUUAAAAAAUGUUUGACUAAUG